ACAAAAAAUUAAAAAAUAUCCGUUGAUUGCUUGCCUUUGGAGUGUAUUGUUCCGAUGUUUUAAUAGUUUUUACGAUUAUUUAUUAAUAAUUAAGUUAUAAAAUGGCGACAUUUGAUUUAAAGUCGUUCAGUUCGGCUUUAAACGAAACAAAUAAAGUACAAAGUGGUGUUGAUUUCACUGGAAAAUCGCUUAAAUUGGACACUGAGAAAGAUGCCAAAGACAUUAUCGCAGCCAUCUCAGCAUGCCCCGACCUGUAUUACCUGACGCUGACAGGCAAUACGCUUGGCGUGGCUGCGGCUGAAGCCAUCGCCAAGGCCCUGGAGUCCCAUCCUGAGCUGAAAGUGGCCCGUUGGUCCGAUAUGUUCACUGGAAGGAUGAAGACGGAAAUUCCGCCUGCUCUAAAAGCGCUUGGAGACGGUAUGAUUGCUGCCGGUGCCCGUCUCAAAGUCCUGGAUCUGAGCGACAACGCUUUCGGCCCCAUCGGCGUCGAGGGACUUGCCAAACUGCUGCAGAGCGAAGUCUGCUCCGAGCUGGAGGAGCUUCGCCUAAAUAACAACGGUCUGGGCAUCACCGGAGCCCGGCUGCUAGCCAAAGCGCUGUCGUCGCGGCCCCCCAAGCUCCGCGUGUUCAUAGCCGGCAGGAACCGGCUGGAGAAUGACGGGGCAACUGCUCUUGCACAGGUUUUCGAGAAAAUGGGGUCCCUAGAAGAAGUAGCGAUGCCACAGAACGGUAUAUACCACGUCGGUAUAUCGGCUCUGUCGGAGGCCUUCAAGCAGAACCCUCAGCUCAGCUGCCUCAACCUCAACGACAACACCAUCGGGCCGAAGGGCGCCGUGGCGGUCGCCGCAGCCCUGCCCAGAUUAAAAAACCUGAAAGCCAUCAACUUCGGAGACUGCCUGCUCAAGAGUAGCGGCGCGCGGACGCUUGCCAAAGCGUUCAAAGACAAUUCAACACUCCUAGAGUGUUUAGAUCUGAGCCACAAUGAGAUCGGUCGUGCGGCGUGCAAAGAGCUGGUGGACGCCAUCACCAUUCUGCCAGACAGCGGAGAACGACUGUCGCGAGUAGUUCUAGCUGGGAACAGUCUCGGAAACGCGGCGAGUAAAAGGGGUAUGAAGGCGCAACUCGGGACCGCCGGGGAACUCACGGACGACGAAGGGGAGAGCGGGGACGAGGAUGAUGAUGAUGACGAGGACACAGAAUCAGAAGAAGAAUCAGACGCUGAAUCACAAGACGAAGAGAACACAGAAGACAGUGCAACAGAGGACGCGCAACAUAGCGUCAACACCACAGCCACAAACAACAACAUCACCCUUGACACGUCAGGCAUGGAGGAAGUGAUGAACGACGUAGAAAGAUUCCUGAAAGAACCCACGUUAGAGAACCUGGAACGGCUGGGUUCGAAUCCGGCUGAUGUCAUCGAAGCACACAUUGAGUCCACACAAGACACAGAAGAGCUUCUAACCCAGUACGUGAACGCGACAUUAUCCGUCGCCGGCCUGUCUCUGAACAGCGACAAAGCCGGCGACGCGGCGCAACAACUCUUCGCAAGGACUAUCGCGGCCGCUAACAAACGUGCUGCUAGCUGGCCGCUCACUGAGAGGCUGUUGAGAGGACUGGCUCUGAUAAAGGUAGGUAAAAACAAUAAAGCAUGUAACUUAUGUAAACUCACGAAAAAACACAAUACAGCAUGUAACCCGACAGAAGUAGCUGGUGAAGCGGUGCAGCAACUUUUCGCAAGGACUAUCGCGGCUGCUAACAAACGUGCUGCUAGCUGGCCGCUCACUGAGAGGCUGUUGAGAGGACUGGCGCUGAUAAAGUCGGAGGAGAAGGCGCCGCUCCGCUGGCACCUGCCCGGCUGCUACGCCAGCCUGGCGCGCGCGCUGCCGGCGCAGUUCCCGGCCGCGCUGCAGAGCACGCUGCGCUUCUUCAUCGGCGCCAAGCUGCCCGGCCUGCCCAGCGAGCUGAGGGACUCGCUGCAGCAGCACCCCGUACUGUUACAGGACUAAUAUAUGCUUACUACAAU